ACUCCCCACAAGCAGGUGGUGGUAAUACACCCAACUGCCAAAGGGAAGAGGAGGAGAAGAAGCAGCCACACCCUUUGAUGCCACCUGGAAAGGUCUUUAUCCCUACCAUGACCUCACACCUCACUGGUUAAAAGCAUGAUGGUAAAACUUGGACUUUGAGUGGCUGCAAAUGAAAUGAACCUGUGCAGUCUUUUAAACCUUUCAGACGCUUGAGCCCCUCCCAAUGGAAGCCAGAGGAAAGUUUGACUUUACAGCAGUAACAGAUGACGAGCUGGGCUUCAAACAGGGCGACCUAGUCAAGAUUAUACAUUAUGACAACAUCUGGUGUAAAGCAGAGAUGAAUGGAGAGGAGGGUCUUGUGCCACGUAACUUCCUCGACAUUCAUUUUCCAAGAUGGUUUCGGGAGGAUGCCACUCGUGGAGAUGCAGUGGAGUUCCUGAUGAACAAACACGUGGGAGAGUUUGUGAUCCGAGGGUGUCGGACCAGCCCAGGAAACUUCUGCAUUUCUGUCAAGUAUGAGCAGGGCAUGAUGCAUUACAGAUUGCUGAGGGACAAGAGAGGUCAUUACUUCCUGUGGAGGGAAAAAUUCACCUCUCUGAACAAACUGGUGGACUUCUACAAAACCAACUCCAUCUCCAAAAGCAGGAUAAUCUACCUCAACAUCAAUGGGAUCCUGGACCAAGGCGGCCCCUCCGAUGCUCAGCCAACUACGUCUUGUUUUCAAGUGAUGGCGGUGUGCGACUUCCCUGCUAUACAAGAUGACGAACUUGGUUUCAACGCAGGAGACGUCAUUGAGGUGCUGGAUAUGUCUCAUCCUUUUUGGUGGAAAGGGAAGCUGAAAGGAAUUACUGGACUAUUUCCUGUAAAUGCUACAAGACCACUGUGAGGAAAUCCGCAACUGAUGCUGUUACUACACCUGCUUACGUUCGGACUCGGCCUGCAGGUGCACCUGCCCUCGAUUAAGAGUUUCUAAACCUUAAUGAGAAGCUGGCUUUUAGAUAACGCUGCACAUCAGCCUUCAACCAGAGGAGUGAGUCAGUACAGCUUUUUAUCUAAAGGAGCAGAAUAACGAUGAAUGUCUGCUCAUGUUUUAACACAUGGAUGUAUGCCCUACACACACAUUUUUUUACCUUUUUAAAUAAAAAAAUUUAUGACCAAGAUUAAA